UCUCAUUGCUUGGACCAGAUGGGGGAAAAAUCUGAUUGGCUAAUCAUUUACGAUGGCACCGAAAAAGCAUGGGAAGAGAGGGAAUUUGAAGAGAAAAUCAAAAUUAAAACAGAACCAGUUAUCUAAACGAGAAAAAAAAGAUAUGAGGGAGUAUGGCGAACUUGACCCGCUCAACAGUGGAAUUGGCCUUAAAGGACGGUUUACGAAAAUGACAGAUGUGGAAGACAAUAACCAACAUCUCCAAAGAUCAGAGACAUCCGAUUCCUCAGAAGAGGAGGUUGACGCCUACCAACAGCUUGUAGCAUCUGUCCAUGGGAAGUUACAGAGCAGUAGCGUAGAAUCUGAUAAUGAAGUCUUAGAGGAGGAGGUUGAGGAAAGCAGUGGAAAGGAAGAUGUGUCCAGUGAAAGUGAUGGGGAGGAGAAAGAUGAGAUGGAUGCUGAGCAAAAUGGAAAAGAAGUGGAAGAAGAUGGAUUUGAGGUUGAAAAUGAAAGUGAUGAAGAAGAUGAGAGUGGAGAUGAAGAAGAGAUAUUAGAAGAAGAGGAUGGAGAAAAAUUUGUCAUUAAGGAGUGUGAUCCAUUUAGUGUCCAUUUUGAAAUAGACUUGCCAGAGGCUUUUGUUGAAGGCUUGAGUCAAAAAGAAAAAUGGAAAAGGGAGGAAAUCAAGGUGAAGCAUAUUGGUCAUGGUUUAUUUGUUAGUCCAGAGGAACAUUGUCAUGUGAAAGAUGUCACUGCUCAAGAAGAUGAAAAUGACCUGAAAUCUCUAUAUGUAAAACACAAACUUGCGGAAGGUGUGGAAAGCGCCAAUAGAAAAUUGUGUAAAGUUGAAAAUUUGAAAAAUGGAGCACCAUUGUCUGCCUUCCAGAUGUCACUCUUCCAAACCCUGAAUAAAUACCAGGAUGUUUACUAUCCAGAGAGAAGCUAUGUUAAUGGGGAAGAAAUCCGUCUUGUUUACUGCCUGCAUGCUUUGAACCAUGUCUUAAAAACAAGAAGUCGAGUCAUUACACACAACACCAAGAUGAAGUUACGGCAACAGGGCACAGACUUUGAGGAGUAUCAAGAUCAGGGUUUGACACGCCCUAAGGUUCUGAUUGUCCUUCCGUUCCGAGACUCCGCCCUUAAAGUUGUCAAUAUCAUGAUGCAGCUGUUGAUGUCAUCAGACCAGAGCAUGGUAAGCAAUAAGAAAAGGUUUCAGACAGAAUACAGUGAAGAAGAUUCAUCGGAGAGAAAAGUCCCAAAACCAGAGGAUUUUGAGGCAACAUUCACAGGAAACAUAGAUGACCAUUUCAGGAUAGGACUUGGAGUAGCUAAGAAAACGUUGAAGCUCUACACCAAAUUCUACGCUUCAGACAUUAUUUUGGCAUCACCUCUGGGACUUAGAACCAUUAUUGGUGUUGAUGGGGAAAAAGAAAGAGAUUACGACUUCUUGAAUUCCAUAGAACUUCUCAUUUUUGAUCAAGCUGACAUAUUUCUGAUGCAGAACUGGGAACACAUUUCAACUUUAAUGGCUCAUCUCCACCUCCAGCCCAGGGAGGCACACGGUGCAGAUUUCUCACGGGUCAGGAUGUGGACACUGAAUGGAUGGUCAAAGUAUUACCGACAGACUGUGAUUUUCAGUUCCUUGUCCACUCCGGAGCUGAAUGCUCUCCACAACAGACACUGCUGUAAUUAUGCAGGAAAGUUAUCCAUCAGCCGAAAGGAAACCAAAGGGACAAUCUGUCAUAUAGUCAAGCAGCUACCUCAGGUAUUCCAUAAACUACCUGCGUCCUCCUAUGCAGAAUUACCAGAUGUCAGAUUUGACUUCUUCCUUAAAAAAAUUCUCCCAACACAGAAGGAUCCCGUGAUGUCACAGACCCUGAUCUUCAUCUCCUCCUACUUUGAUUACGUCAGAAUACGCAACUACUUUGUACGAGAGGAUAUAGAGUUUGCUCAAAUAAACGAAUAUUCAAGCACAAAGACAAUAUCCAGAUCAAGAAGUGAAUUUUUCCAUGGGAGAGUUCACUUUUUGUUGUACACAGAAAGAAUUCACUUCUAUAAAAGAUUAAAGUUGAGGGGAAUCCGCCACAUUGUAUUUUAUGAACUGCCGAGGUAUCCCCACUUCUACAGCGAGAUGUGUAACAUGCUACAGGACAGCCGCCGACAGAUGGACAAGGAGAAUAUGACCAGCACCGUCCUGUACUCCAGCUUCGAUGCUCAGAGAUUGGCUGACAUUGUGGGAACGGACAGGGCAGCUCGUAUGAUCAACUCGACCAAGAAAGCUCACAUGUUUGUUACGGGGGAAAAUUCCUGAAAAUGAAAAAGAUUCUGGAAGGAUUUCAGGGUAUAUUAAUCCUGUGAUUGAAUAGGACUGUCCAUUCUAAUGUGUAAACAAGAAAAGGUAGGAGUCCUUGUUUUUAAGGAAACUUUGCAGGAUGUUAAUCAUACCACACUAUAGUUUCUGAACAUCGUAAUGGUUGAACACUGUUAAGGUUGAAAACUAUAAUGGUUGAACACUGUUAAGGUUGAAAACUAUAAUGGUUGAACACUGUUAACAUGGUGGAGGUUCAACAUCUGGUUAAACAAUUGGAGGUUGAUGGUCAUUACGACAAUCUGUGAUUAUUUACUGCAGCAAAUAGAAAGACUCACAUAUAUGUAGUGUGAAUACUUUACACGCAUUUCCAAAUUUUAUAACAAAGGUCUCAGAAAUACAUGUUUGAUAUACUCCACAAAAUAUUUCAAAGCAAAGAAAAUUGCAGAUUUUAUAUUCAUUUUUCUGAAUGCCAUGUUAUUGUCAUUGAGCCUGUUUUAAGAUUUUUGAAUCCCAUCAGUUUACAUCAGUGCAUCUGAAAUAUGUGUAUCUAAAGGGUUUUGAUCCAAUGUUGUAACUUUUCUACUGCGGGUGUGAGAUAUAUUUCAGAUUCCAGUCACGGUCCCUGGAAGAUCGACAUAACGGUACAUGUAAAUGGCUGUGCCCCUUCUCACGAAAAAUCUUAAUACUCUGAGAAACUUUUUGUCCUUGCCUUAUACUCAAUGAAGUGCCACUGUCGCUGAGUAAGAAUAAAGUUUUAUCACCAGUGUAUAUACAUGUACUUCAUUUUAAUCAUACAGAAAUAUACGAGGUAAGAAUUACAAAGGAAAUUAAAUUCUCAUCGUAACAUUUUUUUGAAAAGGGGAAUAGGACAGCAACAAGUAUUCAUUUUUGAUUAACUUGGGACUUCUUACACAAUUGAAUGGUUGCCAAGAAUUACUUUCUGUCCAUGCCACACACACACACGCCUCUAUUACGCGCGCACACACACACACACAUACACACACACACACACACACACACAUACUUACAUCAGCCUGAAUUAACUCCUUAUCUACCACAUCCGCUCUGGCUGUUCACUACUACACACAGUUCUUAUCUCUCACUGCAGCAGCAGUGUGAGGGUUAAUUACCAGAGAUAUUUUGCAGCUGAGGAGAUUUGCCGCUGGAAUGAAUGGUACACACAUAAAACUAUCAAUAUCUCAUUUAUUUAUUGGAAUAUUUUAAAAAUUCAAGAAGUUUUUUAUUUAUUGAUGUUUCAAUUUUAUAAACCCCAAAAAGUUAAUUAUUUCAAAAAUGGCAUUCAUUUAUAAUAUUUACAUAGCAUUCCUUGAAAUAUACACAAUAAGUGUAAUUAAUUCAUUUUAACAGUUCUUGGUGUACUUGAAAAAGCAGUCAUUCUUUAUGCACAGUCUAACAUUACAUUGUCUGCAUCCAGUAGAGACUUUGUGUCUCUUGUUCUGCUUUGCACAUCCCUUACAUCGUCCAGCUUUUUCAAAUUGAAUGGGCCAAUGUGCAUUCCCACAUUUUCCCGUCACUCCAGGUGCCCUACGCUUUCUAUUUCCUCUGAAUGUUCCGAUCAUCUGCUGUGCCAAUGCCAUUCUGAAGUCCAACUGCGUUCUCUUUUUUUUCCUUGUUUGUUUUGGUCAGCAAUUUGUGAUUUGGCAAUUCUUGCAUGCAAAUCAAGGAAUUGACAAGUGCAAGAUCAAAACAAAACCAAAACAAGUACUUGUACCAUUUUUUGGCUUUUCUGCAAGUGGAAUACUGCAUCCUCUUUUGGUCAGCCAAGUCUACACCAAACAUAUAUUUGUUGUAUAGCUCAGAGACAUUUGGAGCUGACACAUCCUUUAGCUGCUUCAACUUGCUCAUUAAACUCGGUGAUGUUUGGUCUGGAGAGCGUUUUUGUCCAAGUUUCUUCGUCUAUUUCCUCUUCUGAGAAAGAAAUAUCACUUCCAAUACUUCUUGUCUCCAUUGCAUCUAUUUCUGAAUUUGUAAAUCCCUCAAAUUCAAAAUCUUCAUCGUCUGAUAGAAAUAUAUCGAGAAUGUUUUCCGCCAUCUUGACUUGCUUCGAAUAGUGUAAACAACGCUUUGGAAAACUCCUUUGUACUUAUUAAUAGAUAACCUAAUAUGGAAAACUGACGUAUUAUAUUACAGAUAUACCUUUCCUAAAACUAAUUUUCAUUGGUUCAGAGAUGGGAAAUCUCUCCAAUCUAACUAAUCACAUUUAAUGUAACACGUGUGAAAGAGCGGAUAUAUCAGUCUGUGCGAUUGCGCAUGUAUUUGUUUACAGCGGAUAUAUACGACAAUGUGGUUUAGCUAGUGGUAAUAUCAGACGGGUUUAUCCGUCACUGCAAGCACAGAGAAGAUAAAAUAAGCGUGUAUAUAUACGUUGGUGGUAGGGAAAGAGUUAAGAGGUCCUGACUUAAUCCAGCCUUUGGAGUACCACAUGAUGGGAAUAAAAUAUCAGCAAUCAACUUUCAUAUCAUGAUAUUCAUCCUUUGAUCUAAUGAGAAAUGACUUAAAAAUCAUAGAAUUUCCAGUAUGUUCACGUACAGAGCAUAUGAUAUUUUACAACUUUAAGAGAUCAUUGAAUGUCACAUUCUGAGUACCAGAACGGUACUCAUAAUGUUACACCCAGAACGGUACUCAUAAUGUUACACCCAGAACUGUACUCAUAAUGUUGCACCUAGAAUGGUGCUCAAUGUUACAUCCAGAACGGUACUCAUAAUGUUACACCCAGAAAGGUACUCAUAAUGUUACACCCAGAACGGUACUCAUAAUGUUACACCCAG